UAUCUAUUUCUUACUAACCCCUCGUGGGCCUUUGCAAUUUUACGGUGAAACUUUUAAUUGAUAUACUAACAUGAGUACCGAAUUCAUCUAGAAUAUCCCGAUCGCAGUGACAGGAGAUACUAGCCAUAUCAUGACAUGGCUACACAUCUUGGUAAGAAAGCUAACACGAUCACAGCAGAGCAAACGAGCCCGGGCAGCGCUGUUAAUGCGACAACAUUAGUAUCAAUUGGAGGCUCUGAUUUCAUGUUGCGAUCCGCGAUUGGCACUGUCGUUAAACCACCAACAGGACCGGAGCGAUAUAUGCCCGCAACAAUUCUACAUUACGACACCGACACAACUUAUUUUGGUGAUACCGAAUUCAAAAAGGUAUGCGACGAGUUUGGAAAAGAUGAUGUAUGGACGGAAGACUUCCUUGAGCUCCUCAUUAUACAGCGCUCUAAUAGCCUUACAGUAGCUGAGCACAUUCGAAAUCGAGUUGUGAAACUCGUGGAUGGAGGCGAGAAGAUCCCAGUUGGACCUUAUGUAGUACACACGCCGACUGGAAAAGUCCAUGGUUUAUUGAAGUUAUUCGAGGAUACGAGCAAUGCGUUUGUGAAAGGGGUCAUUCCCGAGGGAAAAGAUCAGUAUAUAUGGCUGAACAGCAUCGACAAAAUACCCGUACCAUCAAGACUCUACUAUCCACAACCCAGCGACACGCUACCUCUGAGUGGUAUGCGAUUUGGAGUCAAAGAUUCAAUCGACAUUGCAGGUCUAGAAACUGGAUGCGGCAGCAAAUGCUAUCGAUCAUUUUACCCAGCGAAGCAAACCAGCGCUCCUUUCAUAAACCAAUUAAUCUCCGCCGGAGCUGUUUUAGUUGGGAAGAUGCGUUGUACACAAUGGUGCGAUGGUCAAGAUCCUUUAGAACGACUUGAAGAAGUUUCCCCGAUUAAUCCGAGAGGCGAUGCCUUCCAAAAACCAUCAUCUUCGAGCUCGGGCUCAGCGAGCGGAGUUGCGAGUUAUCCGUGGUUAGACUUCGCGAUUGGUACGGAUACCGGAGGUUCAAUUAGACAUCCAGCUGGUGUCAAUGGUAUCUACGGAAUUCGACCGUCGCAUGGGAGUGUCGAAAGUGCAGGCCUCAUAUGUUCGGAGUUAAUGGAUACUCCGGGCGUUUUCGCUCGAUCCGCUACGAUUGCUAGAGCGGCAAGCAGAGUCAUGGCCCGACCGUCGUCACACAAUGGAGUUUUUAAGCCAAAGAAGAUACGAUAUAAACUCCUAUACGCGGUUGAAUCAGAUGAUUCGGACCCUUGUGAGACACCGAAGUUCUUUCCACCUUCGAGAAGAAAUUCCGAGUCUAAGACAGGAGCUGGAAUUAUAAUGGACGAUUUUGUGGGGAAACUCGAAGAAUAUCUCGGAUGUCAGCGACAAGAGGCUUGUAUAUACGAUUUAUGGAAGGAAACUCGACACAAAAACGCACCCGAAAGCCUCACCGAAGCUACGGGCGCAAUCUAUCAAGAUAUUGUGUACUACGAACUAUGGAAUAACAUAGUCAAGCUGUUCGUACGAGAGUACCAAGCAACUCACUCCGGUCGGAUGCCGUUCAUCGAGGCAAUCACUAAAGCUCGUCUAGACUACGGCGCGAAGGUUUCUAAAGAGGAUUAUGAUCGGUCUGUUGAGUCGCUAAAAACGUAUGCGACUUGGGUUAAUGAAGUGCUAUUACCAUCUCGUUCCGCGACAAGUGAAACAGAUAUUGUGCCACUAUUGAUAUAUCCUCAAAGUUGGGGAGUGCCUCACUAUAGGGACGAAGUUGCAAGAUGGAAAGAUGGGGAUAAUAUCUUUUGGCGCGGCUUUUCUGCAUACUCAAUCAGUUACUGUUCGGGAUGUCCAGACGCGACGAUACCGUUAGGGGAGGUAAAGUUUCAUUCAAGGAUCACGAAGACGGAUGAAUACCUACCAGUAGCCAUUUCGAUGUUGGCACCUCGAGGAGAGGACGAAGUACUAUUGAAACUAAUAGAAGAUUUAGAGAAGAAUAGGAUCCUAAAGCCGAUCAAGUGUGGCCCCCGGUUAUGAUCACAGGUUAGCGAAUAUUGAUG